AUGUCCACCACCGACGCUCUGACUUACGAUGACGGUCCCCUUGUUGACUGUGAAAUGACUGGUCUUGAUUUUCUCAAUGACAAGAUCAUCGAGAUCGCUGUCAUUAUUACAGAUGGCAGGCUGAAGCCUGUAGACGAAGGGGUGAGCUAUAUCAUCAACACUUCGAAGGAGGUGCUGGACGGUAUGGGCGAAUGGUGUACGGAGCAGCACGGCAAGACUGGAUUGACACGAGCAUGUCUCGACUCCCCACACUCGUACGAAGAUGUUGUGCAAAAAGUUCUGGCGUACAUCCAAAAGUGGAUCCCAGAGAAGGGUGCGGGGCUUUUGGCUGGUAGCUCUGUCCAUGCAGACAUGAGGUUCAUGCUCAUUGGAAUGCCGGAGAUAAUGCAGCACCUCUCUUACAGGAUCCUUGAUGUCAGCACUGUUAAAGAAGUCUGCAGGAGGUGGUAUCCAACAGUGCGAGCCAAGGAGCAGAAGGGUCGUGCAGGAGAGAUUGCGCAUCGUGCAUUGGAUGAUAUUCAAGCCAGCAUCAAGGAGCUUGAGUAUUACCGGGAGCACAUCUUCAUCCCCGUUGAGUCUCCAGUCGAUGCACCAAAGGACGAGCCGGUAGAAGUUCGCAAGACUGCCUUGUAA